AUGGAGAGCGCGGCGGAGAUGGGAGCGGAGGCUGCGGGCAGCGCGCUCGGAGCGGGGAUGCGGCUGCGGCAGGACCUGCGCAGGAUCCGCUGUGCGCUGCUCUUCUGCCUGCUGGCCGUGCUGCUGCUCAUGCUGCCCAUCGCCUACCUGCUGGUCGGGAACCUGAGAGCGCCCAGAUCCUGCGGACAGGUCACAGAGGAGAGGGGCUCUAUCUUCCUGAAGCAACGAGCACUGGCUGCUGUUACAGACACUCUCUCCAGUGCAGAGAAGCCACGAGCUCACCUGACAGUGAAGAGGCAGGACCUGGCCAGCACCGUGGGGAGCCACAUGCCCAUCCUGCAGUGGGAGGACAAGCGAGGCCUGGCCUUCACCAAGAACAACCUGAGCUACUCCAGCAACGCCCUGGUGAUCCCCGUGUCCGGAGAUUACUACGUCUACGCCCAGGUCACCUUCCGAGGGCCCGUGGAGAGCAGCCACAAGGCCAGCUCUGUCACUGAGAUCAUCACCAAGGUCACUGACAGCUACCCCGAGCCCACCCAGCUGCUGACGGGCACCAAGACCCUCAGUGAGAACGGCAAUGGUUGGUUCCAGCCCAUCUACCUGGGUGCUGUGGUCUCCUUGGAGGUGGGAGACAAGCUGAUGGUCAACGUGAGUGACAUCAAGCUGGUGGAUUACACCAAGGAGCACAAAACUUUCUUUGGGGCCUUUCUGCUGUAGGGCUCCGGCCUGCAGCAGAUGGUGGGGGAUCCCUCCAGGGUCAGCGGGGGCGUUUUGUUGGGUUUUGGUUUUGUGGGAGCAUGUUGGGGUGAGAUCUCUGUUGUUUGCCUUCUUCUUCCUCUUCUUCUUCUUCUUCUUCUGUGCCAUCACUACUCUGCAGCUCGCUAGAGCCUUAAUUUAAUGGGUAGGGAAAGGUGAAGCUGCAGGUUGGAGUGAAAUAACCCCCCAAAAAAACACAACAAAAACCAACCAAAAACUAACUAAAAAAAAACCCCAAAAAAACCCAAGAAACCCCAAAAAAAUCCCAAAACAACAAAAACAAAAAACCAAAACAAACAAAAAAACAACAAAAAAACAACAAAAAAACAUAAACAAUACUCAAAAAACCUCAAAAACAAACAAAGAAAAGCCAAAUUAUAAAAAUGGAGGGGGGAAAAUGUAUUUUUGAAAGCAAAAGCUGAAAGUUCUUCAAAACUUUGUAAGCUAAGGAGGAACAUUUGAUACCUGUGGGUAGAAAGUUUCUUCUUGAAUAUUAAGCUAGGCUAUGUCCCAAAUUCCACCUUCAAUGUACAAUUUCCUUAACUCCAAAAAAAAAGUGGUUUUGAGCUUUCUCCAGCACUUUCAGUAUAGUUUUGCAUGACCCUUCUUCAGAUUCUCCUUUCUAAAAAGCAAUUACUUCUCAUAAUUUCCUUAUGAAUACAUUUACUCAGUACUUUGCACUAACAUAAAGCUCAGGUUAAUUAUUAACUGCUUAAUUAAUCCCUUCCAACUUCCCUGUAAAGUAGAUUAAAAUUAUAUCAUGUGCUUUGCAGCAGCUACUUGAGAUUUUUGGUUUUUCCAAAAAAUUAAUUACAGUUCUCUAAGUCCCUAUACAGCCUCAAAAUAUUUUGGAAAAGAUCUAGGGAACACACAAAACACUUUCUGUUUCAGCAUGAAAGUGGAAUGUCCCCUCCAGGUCCUAAC